AUGUCAACAGCCCGCAGCACAUUCAAGCAGCUGCUGCGGAGCGCCGAAGCGGAUCUGGCACUUCUCACAAGAGCUGCCUGUACACUCCGCGCGGGAAAGCCAUCAGACGGCCAGGUGUACCCCUUUUCUGAUCAGCAGCACACAGCUGGCGCCAGGGGCGCAGCAGACCCUUGGGUCUCAGACAUUCCACUCAGAGGCUCAACUGCUGAUGUGGCUGGUAACAGUAGCACCGGUGAUGACAUGUGCAGUAGCAGCUUCAGCGUGGAGAAUCUUCUGAGAAUACGGCGUCGCAUUGUAGCGAAUUUGGAUGCAGCAGAGGCUGUGUUGCCUGCUUUACGUGCGUCUUCGUCUGCACAGGCGGGCGCAGCAGGAAGUGUAACAUCAGCAGCAAGAGCCCAAGCGCGGCACUUCGCCGAUUUGUUGCUUGCUGCCCGUACAGAGCUGGCAGCAGUAGGGUCGACCCUCGAUGAGUGUAUAGAGCGAAGAGCGCUCCUGGGCACCUCUUCGGGGGGAGUUCGCAGGGACAGAGCAGGAGACAGUGUGUCGUUUGCCGAAGGGGAAGGUGAUGAGGGUGAAGCAGCAGACGCAUCAGCCUUAAAAAGAGAAAGAAGUGGGUUGCUAAGCGCAAGUUCUUCCGUGCAGGAGCUUACUGAAUCAGGGUUUUCUGCAUUGCAACAACUAAGGAGUCAGAGGCAGCGACAGCAGCGGCAGCAACAGCUGUUGCUCGUGCUGCAUUCUGGAGUCUCGGGUGUACGUACACUACUGGGAGGGAUACACAGAGUUAGGAGGAGAGACAGUGUGGUGCUAGGCCUGGUUUUAGGGGUCUGCUUCAUAUUCUCUUUCCUGUGGAUUUUUCAUGUUUUUGCUUUUGUCGCUGCUCCUUGCUCACCAAAAACGGAAAAAGUAGAUACACAGGCAAGAUGCAAAAUUGCUACGACUCGUAGUGCAAGUCUGUUUUCGGAGCUACGCCACUGGGAAGACUCCGACCACAAAAUUAGCGCUGCGACCGGGGGUCUAUUUGCCGCUGCCUCGGCAGCAGCAGCAGCAGCAACUCCGGCUGGUGCAGGAGCCAGCGCCUCUGCAUGCGCAGCUUCCUCUGCAGGAGCUGCUUCGACAACCUCUGCCUCAGCGGCAACAGCAGUUGCCGAGCAGGCCGUGGUCUACAAGCAGCAGAAGACUCCCGUGGGUUUCUUGUUGAACAAAGCUGUGGAUAUGCUCAAGCAAAACAAGAGCCGCCACAUUCACAUCAAGGAGUUAGAAAAAAUGCUCAUACAGCAGGGUUUCGCCGAUCUGCAUCCUUUUUUUUCCACGAGCUCCUCCUUCCUCUCGAUGCUCGCCGCCGUCGAGAAUGUCUCGUACAACGAAAACCACAAAACUCUUUCCUUCACCAACCCGUACGAAGCUAUCAAGGAUCCAGAAGGCCUUCAAGCCGCCAUUCAACAAGCAGGCACCACAGGUAAGGCCGUUCUCCAUGAGCUGCUUGAGCGCGCAAAAAUCUUAGGCCUUCGGAUCGACAGCGGCUUUUUGUUGGACUGCCCGGGUGCCGUGUCUUUCGUCAACGUUUUGCUGGCAAAAAGACAAGUUCGAGCAGUUCGCCUCAACACGAAUCACAUACGGGGAAAGCUCAAGUGCCUUCGGCUCGGCGCCUCGGCCUCUGCUGCGGAAGUCUGCGACCUCUAUGACUCCAGAAAGUGCAGCAACUGCCAGAAGAAUCUCCUGGGCUUACUCCUGUACCCCCUUGGGAACCCCGAGACGGAGGAAGCGCGACUCAAGCUGGACAGGGAUAUCAAGCGGCUGUGGGAUACUGUACGCUGA